AGUAAUGUGUAGGGGGAGGAAAGUAGAGAACGUACAACUGGAACUUGAUGCAGCUAGCUUGGAACAAGCUUCUGUAAACAGCUCCAUGCUAUUGUUUUAACCAAAUCAAGUGUAGAUCAGGGUAGAAGCGUAGGUAUGAUUUAAGAUAGUAACUAAGGAAUAGGAUAAUCAGUAUCUAGGGGUGGGAGUUAGUUAACAUGUGUAUAAUUUAAACUAUAAAAGUCACGAAUCGACUCUGUAUCCUUCGGACAUCAGAUUUGGGUGUAUUAUCACCCCGGUGUCCCGCGCGCUGGAAUAAAGAACCGCAUAUGAUCGCCUCUGUGUAGUUAUAUGUUUUCCUACGCUAACAUUUUUGGCGACCCAGAUGGGACCUUGUGGGCGCAGCCAGGACCCCGCGACCCGAUCACGCUCCAGCCGGCACCGGGUGAUUUCUCGGGGAGCCCAUCGGAGCCGCGACCCUCGCCGCUCACAACGACCCCUGGUGAGAGGUAAGGUUCUUUAUUCUCUGGUCUGGGGGCCUGCCAUUAAGACGCAGCGAAAGCUACGCUUGGUUGGGCAAAAGGAAUUCCUGGUGGUAUUGCCUAGGCAGCCGUCCGUCAGACAUCGUGAAAGCGUUGCAGGUUCGGCAUCUGUGGUUUUUAUGUAUCUGUAAUAUGGAGAAACUAAAAGGGUUAAAAGAGGUUUUGGGCAGCAAUAAUGCCUCUAUACCAAGUUCUUCUCCGUUGGGUUGUUUGUUGGCACAUUGGAAAGAGGGGAACUUCGGUCAGGAAUUACGAAAAGAUAAGUUGAUUGAAUAUUGUAAUGUUCACUGGCCAAAAUACGCUUUGCCUGAAAAUCAGAGGUGGCCGAAAAACGGGUCUUUUGAUGUGAAGGUUAUUAUGCAACUUAGAUCGCUUUGUACACAAGAUGGAAGGGUAGAACAAUUACCAUAUAUUGACUUAUUUCUGUGCUUGCUUGAGAAACCGGUUUUGUGGCUUGACAAAAUGAAAGCAAUGAAGCUUGAGAAUAAUAAGUGUCUGGCUUGCGUCCAAAAUAAGCAUUGUAUGGAACAUGCAGUUUUAAGUGAAAUUUUAGGGAGAAAAAGAGAUGAACUAGAAUCGGAAUUAUUGGUAUCUCCCAUGGCUCCCGGAACCACCACGGCCCCCUCAACACCAAGUUCUACCCCGCUCACCCUGACCCCACCUGAUUCUCUUACACCCCCCUCGCGCGCGCCAGUACAAUAUGUUUCACCCCCACCUUUGUCUGCUGAAGGUAGUUAUCCUCCUCUGCCUGUGCCAGCCGCUCCUCCGCUUGCCCCUCCUCUGCCUGCUCAGAGAACCCCCCCUUCUCCACAUACACCUGCUCAAAGCUAUCCUGCUCCCCCACCCACACCCGCUGAAAGAAGAUAUACUGAUCUUCAAGUAGACAGUGAGCAAAGAAGAACUCAGCUUGCCUUUAUUUUUCUGGGUCAGGCACAGGAAGAUAUUAAGAAAAAGCUACAGAAACUGGAAGGUGAAAAGUUAAGAAACUUAGAUAAACUCCUAGAGGUUGCCUGGGAAGUUUAUAAUAACAGGGACAGAGAAAUUGUCAAGAAACAGGGGCAAAGCCUUUUGGCAGUUUUACAGAGACAGGGGCGGAGACGUAGUAAAGGUGGUCGUGGCGUUAAUAGAGGUGGCUUUGGCAGAAGUUCUGGUCAUGGUAGACUAGGUCUGAAUCAGUGUGCAUAUUGUCGGAUAGAGGGACACUGGAAAAGGGAGUGUCCAAACCGGUUUAGCCAGAAUGGUCAGCCUCAGUUAGACAGUAUGUUUAAUCAAAGUAGUGAGCAUCAGCUGGAUGGUGUAGCCAGGGUCAUGGUUUUACAUGAGAGGGAGCCAGGAUCAAGAGAGCCCAUGGUGACUUUGCAUUUAGAAGGAAAAGACGUAGAUUUUCUCAUUGACACGGGGGCCACACAUUCUGUACUAGAUUAUCUUGAGGGGCAAAUCGGGAACAAGUCAGCAGCAGUCAUUGGAGCCACAGGGAAGGAGGAGGUACGGCCAUUCUUGCAACCCCUAGAAUUGAGCUUUGAAGAUAAGAUCUUGACCCAUGAAUUCUUAUACAUGCCAGACUGCCCAACUCCGCUCUUAGGGCGCGAUCUACUGGCAGCACUGGAGGCAGUAAUUACUUUUGAGAAUAGUGAACUCGUAAUGAAAAUUCCGGAGUCUAAGACAGGAAAGAUUUUGAUGAUAAAAGAAAAACCAAUUUCUAAUAUUCCUAAAGAAGUAGAAGAUGCAGUAAUUCCCUCUGUCUGGGAAACAGAUGUACCUGGAAAAUCUAAAUUGGCACAACCGGUACAUGUAGAGUUAAAAGAAGGAGCAAAGGCUGUACGAAUCAAACAAUACCCUAUAAAACCAGAAGCACGACAGGGAAUAGCAAAGACCAUUGAUAAAUUUUUAAAAUAUCGAAUUCUAGAGGAAUGUAAAUCGGAAUACAACACCCCAAUUUUCCCAGUGAAGAAACCCAAUGGUGAGUAUAGACUUGUACAGGAUUUAAGAGGUAUAAAUGAAAUAACAAAAGACAUUCAUCCAGUGGUUGCCAAUCCCUAUACAUUGUUAGCAUCCGUAAAAGAGAUAUAUAAAUGGUUUACUGUAAUUGACUUAAAAGAUGCUUUCUUCUGUAUACCCCUUGACCAAGAAAGUAGGAAACUAUUUGCCUUUGAGUGGGAACAUCCAGAAAGUGGAAGAAAAACUCAGCUCACCUGGACUCGAUUACUGAUGGGGUACAAGGGGUCCCCCACUCUCUUUGGAAGUCAACUGGCAAAAGAACUGGAAAUCUGGACCAGAGAAGGGCAAGUACCAAGAGACCAAUAUUUAUUACUCCAGUAUGUAGAUGACAUUUUGAUUGCAACAGAGGAAGUUGUAAUUUGGUUAGUUUACAGAAUCCUGAAGAGAGAGAUACAGAAAAAGGCAUCUUAGAACAGGACCAUAAUGAAGGCAUUGGCACGGAACCCAGCACCUUCAAUCUGCAACAACAUCCCGGACAAAGCCUAUGACAACAGAGGAUUUGAAGAUGAACAUCCAGUAUGAACUCUGAAGCCUAAUGGACUGUAUUAAGUGAAAGCAUUUACACUUAGUAUAUUAGAGUGAAAAUACUUUCAAAGGGGGGAAUGUUGGUGGAGGGUUAAAAAAUAUAAUUUCUAGAUUGAGUAAUGUGUAGGGGGAGGAAAGUAGAGAACGUACAACUGGAACUUGACGCAGCUAGCUGGGAACAAGCGUCAGCUUCUGUAAACAGCUCCAUGCUAUUGUUUUAACCAAAUCAAGUGUAUAUCAGGGUAGAAGCGUAGGUAUGAUUUAAGAUAGUAACUAAGGAAUAGGAUAAUCAGUAUCUAGGGGUGGGAGUUAGUUAACAUGUGUAUAAUUUAAACUAUAAAAGUCACGAAUCGACUCUGUAUCCUUCGGACAUCAGAUUUGGGUGUAUUAUCACCCCAGUGUCCCGCGCGCUGGAAUAAAGAACCGCAUACGAUUGCCUCUGUGUAGUUAUAUGUUUUCCUACGCUAACAGUCCCAUUCUCAGAGAAUCUGUGGGUGCCCCAUCCCUGGCAGUGUUCAAGGCCAGGCUGGAUAGGGCUUUGAACAACCUGGUCAAGUGAAAGGUCCUGGCCAUGGCAGGUAAGUUGGAACAGGAUGAUCUUUAAGGGCCCUUCCAACUCAAACCAUUCUAUAAUUCCGUGCCUCCUCAGGGACAAGCAAGAAAGGGAAAACCCUUUAUCAGCUGAUGUCUAAUCCAACGUCUGACUUCAGAGGCUAACCUUUAUGGCCCAAAGUAAAUAUUUUUUUUUUUAAAUACAUACAAAGAGGAGAGAGAAUCAUCCAGACAAAUAUCUGGAGAAGAGCAAAUCUAUCACUAAUUAGUUGUGCUUUCUUUUCUUGUGUGGAUUUAACUAUGUCUUGAUAAUUGAACAUCAAGCAGAAUUAGACAUUGAGCACAAAUCUGCUUGUCAUGCUCAACAUGUAUUGCUACACUGAAUCAAAUGGUGCAGAUUUGACUCCAGUGAUCAGUGUCCCAUCUGGGCAAAUUACCCCCUGCCAUGUGGGACAAGACCCUGUUAUUCAAUCUGUCCAAAGAGCCUGCAGCUAGUUUAGUGUCAGCCCAGAGUAUUGCCAUGGGAGAGUUGCUGGCAUUUCUCACUCAGC